AUGGUCUCCUCAAAACCACUGCCGCCCAUUCCCGCCCCUCCUCCUUCCGAAAAACGCGCCCAUCAUCUCUUCUCAUCAGUUACCAACCACCACAGGAAAAAGUCAGAGUCUGCUGCUGCUGCUGCUGCUGCUACGACGACAACAACUACUACCGCAACAACAAGCACUACAACCCCGACUACUGUCGCUCCAAACACGGGUGUAGUGACAAGUGCAGCAGUCGCUCCUUCAACGACAACAACAGCUGCAACCGAGCAGCAACCACAACCACAAGCGCAGUCUAUUCCUGCCUCCAACAGUUUCUUUUCUUUCUUUACCUCUGCCGUUUCCACCAUCCGCACGACAAACGCAGUAACAACACCCACUGCCACAAGGUCAUCGUCGCCCGCUCCUACCAUCGCUGGCCCAACGGAUGAAGCGACUUUGUCCUCCUUGACCGAUACCACCGACACUGCCAUAGACAACAACCUUAAUACGACGCUAAAACCACCCAUGGUCACGCUGGACCAGCGGUCAUUUCAACACCUACGCGCCAUCGCCCGGCAGUCGAUUGCGAGUUCUUGUCUCGAGCUGGAGUUCCUCUGGCUUGGCUUAUUGAUGGACAUGCUACAGAAACUCGCUGCCAAUAUGUCGGAUGCCUGGCAGCAGAUAGAGGCGUCGUUCGAAUCAACAAACCACUUGGAUGCCCUCGAUACUUCCAACACCGCCACCACUGUGACCGAAAAGAACGCAAAGGACAAAGCCAUGGACAAAGUCAAGAACAAGGAGAAAGACGAAGACAAAGAGAAGGACAAGGACAAGGAGGAUGUCAAGAGUCUCCCUCAAUUUGGAUAUAGCAUCCAGCUGGUCAAGAACAUCAGCACCAGUCAAGAAUGCACUUUUACUGCAGGGCAGUUCAGAGGCGAGUCUAUCCUCCUGGAGGAGCGCACUAUCGAGGAGAGAAGUCGACCGCCGAAACAGGAACCGAUUCAAAUCUUACUUGGAGGAACAAUUGCCCUUGCUGCUGGUGCGGAUGACCUAGCAAAGGUCGAAAAGAUUCUGGAACUGCUCGUCUUUGCACUCUGUUCGAUGCAGCUCGAGAUGUACCUCAUGCAGGACCACGACAUUGUGCGACACGAACCCUCACUUUUCUCACCAACCUCGCACGACCCAGAACAACGGAAACCCUCCAUCCCAAUCCAACAAAACGCCAUCAAUAACUCCAAGCGUGCCUCCAAGGGCUCGAUGAUCUUUUCGUGGCUCUCCCGUGGAACCCUUCCAGCAAAGUACAAGAAGGGAACCACUCAACUCUCGGCACAACUAGACAGUCAGGCCGGUCGGGAUGGCAAGUCAUCAGGUCAAAGCGCGGAAACGCCAAGUUUGGCAGAGGACUUUGGACUCGGCGAGGAUCUGCACAGUUACCAAAGUUACCGGUUUGCAAAGAUCAUCCAGCAGGUUGAGAAGGCUAUCAUCUCAGUCUCGCCCGAUGUCAGCUUUCCACCACCACAUCUUUUGCUCCGCCUUCGGGAUGAGGAAGCUAUCGGGCCGGACUCCAAGCGCAAGUCCUAUACAUGGGAGGAUGUCGAGUUUGUAGCCAAGAAGAUUGGAUUUGGCAAUCGAAUGGGACGACCCAAGAUGGGUGGAGCUCUGGGUCUAGCCACUCGUUUCGGAACAACCACCUCGACUGCGACGAACCAGACCGGUGCUACAGGAAAGGGAAAUCGACUACCGAUCGACUCGCGAGCAGGACUGGAGCACUUGAUGACCAACGGAAACGCUCUUCAAGGAAUCUUCAACCACCAAUCGAUAUCCUUUUCACACUCGUACUACUGGUCCGCAACAGCUGCAGCCCCAUGCGAACCGCCUCGCAUCAUCACAAUGGAGUACUAUCGGAAGGAAGGGACGUACGAGGACAUGGAUCUCGGAGAGAUGAUCGAAUACCUUUGCAUACGAGCACGCCAUCCUUGCAAUGACAAGAAAUGCGGCCACCAGCGACUGGAACAUAUUUCGACUUACACCCAUGGCGAGGCACGGAUCAACAUCACGCUAGAGCAGCCCAGACCCGACUCUGCGACAGAUUUCGACUCGGAGGAGUUUACACCGUUUUUGAACAACAACAAGACGAUGGCGGUGUGGACUAGGUGCAAGAUGUGCAAGACCAGGACGAAACCACGGAUGGUCUCUCGAGCGUCUCGGAUCUAUUCUUUUGGAAAAUAUCUGGAGCUGUUACUGUAUAAUCACCAUUUCGAGCCCGGCCCUCGUCCGCUCUGCGACCAUGCCUUAUCCAAGGAUGCUAUUGCUCGUUGUUUCCUCUACCGGGGACUGGUGGUCAACUUUGAGGUGGAGAGUAUUGACCUUUUUGAGAUGCGGAUAUCCCGGCUACAGGUCAACGAGGACUUUCCAACUAUGCCUCGGCUAUCUCCAAGUGCCUGGAAUGACGACCCCCACGACUUUGCAAGCUCCAACGCAUCCACAGGACCGCCCUCCUCGCAAGUCAGUAUGGUCUCGAUGUCGGCACACUGCGACUAUAUCACGGACGCGGAGCAUUCCAACCAAAUCAACGCCACAAGGAUAGAGAUCAUGCAUUUCUACGAGUCUUGCAAGAAGAUCAUUGUUGCGAUGGAGGAGUACUUUGGAGAGACAAAGUCGGUCGUGAAGCGGACAAACAAACUGGAUUCCUCACCGCAAAGGGCCGCAGUGGAUCCAAUCAAGAAGGCAGCCCUGAGGAGCCUCGAUGAUUUGGGCGACCGAUGGAAGACUGACGAGUUCGACCUUUACGACCAACUAAAGAAGAUCCCGAUCACUCGACUGAACGACUUACGCAACCGGUUCAAGGAUUAUAUCAAGCGGACCAUGCGAUCAAUGGAGGCAUGGCAGACGGAGCACUAUCCCGAGCUGACACAGUCCCUGAACUCUUGGACUCUUCCAGAAUAUGUUACGUCUGACAUUCUUCAUACAUUCCCGAGGUCCUCGGUUAUUGUGCGUGAGAACGAGCCCAGCUCCAUCAUUGCAUCUACACUCAGCUCGAUGGACUACUUGACACUGUUGUCGUCAAUGUGUAACCUGGAUGUUGAUUUCACAGAUGAGGAAGAGACGGCACCUAAACCACCAGAGAAGGACCUCUUCAUGAGAGGAGCGAACCUUGGCGUGCCUACCCCUGGACCUUUGAGGACAUCGCGGUCAGCUGGAAGUACCACAUUGGUGGCACGCAAGAGCGGGAGCAGCGACAGCGAGGCGAGCACAGCAGUCAACAGCGCCGCAAAUGGGUCUCCCGACAAAGGCGACAACGUCAGUCAAGCGAGUGCGCAGGAUGACGAUGAUGAUGAGGGAGAUGAGGACUUUUUGGUGGUCGACGGAUAUGAAACGGCAGUCAAGUUUGUACGACCGACAAAGUUGGAUAUCUCGAGCAUGCUCGCCAACGGAACAAUGUCGCCUCGGAACACGAUGGGUAUACAUUUCGCGAGUGGUCGCCAUGGGAAGAACUCGACUCUGGGUCUAGGAUCGAUUGAGAGGCGAGCAGACGGGACUGCUGCUCGACCUGUCAGUAUGAUGGCUCUCAAUAGUUCAACUCCCAUCUUUUCAGCGUCACCCUUGGCAACACCAUCGGAGAACAACAACCAGUCAUCGUCUUUCUUUAUCUCACCGCCCGACAGUCGCUCGACGACACCGACUCCUGGAGCAAAAUCCAAGAAUCCGUUCGGAUAUCAUGCUCUGACAUCGGGACUCAGUGGUACGAUGAAGGGUCUCAGCCUGAACUCCCUCUCAGAGAAGAUUGGCAGCGGAUUCACGAGCUAUGGCGCGUCCAGCGCGAACAUCGAUAAGGCGGACAAGGAGUUUUUCAAGGCUGAGGGGACUGAACGGUCGAUGCGGGAAACACUUGCAUUGGAGCAGGAACUAGAGUCGAGCGUGCGAAGUCCUCACCUGAAGGCUCGAUUCUCACACGGGAAGACAUCGUUCUCAUGCACGGUGUAUUAUGCGGCCGAGUUUGACACGCUGCGUCGUCGAUGUGGUAUCCACCAAAACUAUGUCCAAUCGCUCUCAAGGUGCAAUGUUUGGAACGCCAACGGCGGCAAGAGCAAGAGCAGCUUCUACAAGACCAAAGAUGAUCGGUUUGUGGUCAAGCAGAUGGUGUCGAGUUGGAAUAUUGCCGAAAAGGACGAACUACUCAAGUUUGCGCCAAAGUACUUUGACUACAUGGAAAAAACGCACGAGGCCCCGACGGUUCUGGCCAAGAUUUUUGGAUUCUACACCUUCAAGAUCAAGAAUGGCCAGUCGGGACAGGUCAUGAAGAUUGAUGUUCUUGUGAUGGAGCACCUCUUUUACAACCAAAAGAUCACCAGGACGUUUGACUUGAAGGGAAUCCAGGAUCGACAUGCGGGUUCGAAACCGAACACUACGGGCGGAGGAUCAACUACGCUGUGGGACGGCGACUUUAUUGAGGGUCGGUACAGGGCGCUUUUGUUGAUCCACUCGCACUCGAAGAAGAUUAUCCGAGAGUCACUCCUCAACGAUACCGAGUUUUUGGCAGGCGCCAACAUCAUGGACUAUUCCCUCCUCGUCGGUGUUGAUGACGAGCGCAAAGAGUUGGUCGUUGGCAUCGUCGAUUUCAUUGGCGCCUACACGUGGUACAAGAGGAUCGAGUCCAAGGGCAAGACGACGCUGCGAGGCGCCAAGGACAAUGUCACGGUGUUACCACCACAGCAAUACAAGACCCGAUUUAGAGAAGCCAUGGAGCGCUAUUUCCUGGCCGUCCCUGAUAAAUGGUCAAAGGCCGCACUAGAACAAGAAUCCACACCACCAGCAACAGCAAUCACCGCCACCAUGGGGAUUACAGGUACGACCAUGACCGCCAGUCGGAAACCGAGCGCGGUCGAUGGCGCCUUUGUUGCUGCUUCGACGACACUCCUCCUACCGUCUACCAUCCCUGAGGGAUCCAAAGAGAGUCUAGCAACGCCAACGCUAGAACAAUCGAUCAAGAAGAAGACUUCGGGGUAUUUGGAAAAAAUGUCCAAGGCUAUUAUUAUGUCGUCCGGUAGAACAGGUGGAGGAGUUGUGGAGACCGAGUCGGGGACGACUACUAUUGCAACGGCCCUUGAGCAAGGCGAUGCGGCGGCGCCGGCGAUUGCGGUGGUUGGGGAUGGAGAGACGGAGUUUUGUGUGAAGAAGCUUCCAAGAGUGUUCUACCCUUUAGACUAG